AUGAUAUUAUAUCAAAAUUUCGAAAUAAUCGUUAGCUUGCUAUUCUAUUUCGUUGUCAAAAUUGUUUGUUCAUUAAAAGGAUACAAAGUGAAAUCGAUGCAUUACAAACGUAAAGCCGCUCUAACCAGUAUUCCUGAGGAUCAAGAGAACGAAGACGAUAAUUUGCACAAAAAAUGGGUACCGAAAAAAAAACAUGAAGUUUUAAAAGCCAAAUAUAAAUGCUUGAAGAAACUAUUCCAAAUUUAUGAUGCCAGCGUCAUCGGGAUCCUGCCUGAAGCUACACAAGAAGAAGAAACGAUCAGGAAAAAGAGAUCUUUUCGCACCAAAACCGACGCCUGCGCUGGUACAGCAGAGACGACAAACGGAGAUGAAUUAAUCGAGGCAGACAAGGAAUCUGUGGCCACAGCAGUGAUGAGAGAUCUAAAAAUGACCCAAUGCUCGCUGGUCAAUUUCGAUAGUAAAUCGACUAUUCCCAAAAUCGAUAAAUGCACGACUCGCUCCGUCGAUAAUAUCGUUCUAGAUAAAGAAUAUGUUCCGCAUACAGAAGAGCCACUGCGUGCUGUGCCUUAUUUGAUUCAAGAGCCACGGAAACCUACGCGCUUUCAGUGCUUCGUUCAAAGACUAUUCGGAAUUAGAAGCGACAAGCUAUACGCGAAUUACGUGACGCCCAGUGGCCAUAUUUACGCGGCGAGCGACAAUAAUAUUUCUCACAAUUACUACGAGAAGAGGCGGAGGAAAGGUUUUCAGUUUAGGAGAUUGAGACGACCAAAGAAGAUCCAGUCAGAUGGGGCAUUGAGGAGCGCCAGGGACCCGAUCAUAUUGAAUUUCGUGCAGUCUGUGCAGAGGAGUUGUCUGAUGGACACAACUGCGAGACAGUGCCCAAUAGUGGGAUGCAAGAUGAUGUUUUACGGCAUAAUAAACUACAACGACCACCUAAACCUUUGCCACUUCGCCGAUCGUAAAUUCGUUUGUCAUUACUGUCACGAAGGCUUUGAGCGGGAACGCGACAAAUGCGUUCACGAGAACGAGCACAUUGGCAUCACGAAACUGGGCGCGUCGAAGGACUGCCCGACGCCUGAAUCAUUGAAAAUCGCCAGCGACACCCAGACCGAUCCGAGUUUGACGCAAUGCGAUUUUCCAGACGAGAAACUGAAGAAGCUAGUUUCGUUUUUCGACAAAAUCAUCGAUCCCGAGAAAGUUUUGACGGAUAUCGGGAAGGGUCGUUGCUCUGAAUGCAACCUCGAAUCUAAUCGUUCGAAAACGGUCACUUUGGACACGACCGCUGAUUGUUCGGAUGCAUCCGAUAAGAAAACCGUGAGCUGCGUCAAUCUGCCGCGACGAGGCGCUGGUCGUUGGUCGUCGUUGUCCGGCUCGGAGGCCACAUCCAAAAGCCCCUUUGGUGCGGGCGCCGUUUGUCAAAUUUGCGGCGAAAACUUUGACUGCCGUCGUCAAUUAAGCCUCCACGUGGACCUAGAGCAUCGGGUGCACGAUAAGUUUUCAAAGUUCCACAGUUGCGCCGGCAUAAUCAACUACAGGCCAAGAGUAAACCGCAUCGACGUCGUCUCGGAGGACGGGAAAAUUAACGUGCAGACUGUCGGCAAACGUCAGUCUUACGUCACCAGCGCUGACACGUCGCUGACGGCCGUCUCCGAAGCGUCCGAGGACUCUGUCAGCUGUGCGCCGUCUGCGAGUGUCCAUACUCGAGUGCUUGGUCAAAAAAAAUCACCCAGAAAAGGUCCCAAUUACAAAUGGACCCCGGAAAAUCAAAUCGUGCGUUCCUAGUUCGGUGUAGUGUGUC